GGGAGAUAUCGUGAAGACAGUAUUACUACAAAGCUUAUUUAAAGAAGUAUGUGAGAUCCAGAUUUCGUCUUGAUAUUCAUCUGCUUGUUGUGUCAUUACCCAUUAACGACCUCUGGAUCCAUUGCUUCUUACACCCCAUUUUAAGACACAAUCCUCAAAAAGCUACAAACAUGUCGCUUCAGCCAAUCAAGCUAUACGGCCACGGCCCGGGACCCAACCCCUGGAAGGUCGUCAUGGUCUUCGAGGAACUCAACAUCCCUUACGUCAGCAUCGCCGUUGACUUUGCCGAAAUGAAAAAGGAGCCCUACGUGUCCGUCAAUCCAAACGGCCGGGUCCCUGCCAUCGAAGAUCCAAACACUGGAAUUACCUUGUGGGAGUCUGGUGCCAUUCUCGAAUACCUAGUCGAGACCUAUGACAAGGAACACACCAUCAGCUUUGACGCCGGCUCCAAGGACUAUUUCCUUGCCAAGCAAUGGCUGCACUUCCAAAUGUCCGGCCAGGGUCCCUACUUCGGCCAGGCUGUCUGGUUCACCCGCUUCCAUCCGGAGAAGGUUGAGAGCGCCAAGGAGCGCUACGUGAAGGAGAUCCGUCGGGUUUCUGGAGUGCUGGACAAAUUCCUCGCAGACAAAGAGUAUCUCGUCGGUGAUAAGUUCAGCUACGUCGAUCUUGCUUUCAUUCCUUGGUUUUUCGUCGUGACUCUGUUCGAUAUCGACCUGGCCAAGGAGUUCCCUAACGUUGAGGCUUGGUUGAACCGCCAGAAGGCCCGUCCUGCUGUCGAGAAGGCAUUGAAGCUCCGGAGCGAAGCAGUUGCGGCGCACUAAAUUGUUUCUUUGUAUUGAUAUUAUGAGCUGUACAUAAGCCGCUUUGACUUUUGUCUAUUAGCAGUUACACAAGAGAUGAGGAUAAGAAUAUGAGAUUUGCGAUACUGAACGGAUAGCCCGUUGUGGGACUCUGGAUAGAUCAUCUUGAGUACCGAUCUGGAGAUAUAAAUAGCAUUAUUCUAGAGCUCUUUUCUCAAAUAAUGGUUCGUUUCUCAAG